ACUGAUGCCCUGCAAUAUUCUGAUCUCUUGCAGCACUGAUUCUGAUGUUUUAUGCAGUCUUUUAUACUUUCCUAACUGGUCUCUUCAGCCUGACCAUGUGGGUGAUGCUCCAGACCGUUAAUGAAUACACGCCAAAGUACCAAGAUCGGAUCACGAACCCAGGUCUGAUGAUCCGCCCAAGAACAGACAGUCUACUUGUUACGUUCAACACAUCACAUGAAAGCACAUGGCAGGCACAUGUCCAAGCCCUCAACGCGUACCUAGACUCCUAUAAUGACAGUGUUCAGGUUUCGAACAAUGACCAGUGCAAGCCAGGGACAUAUUACCUGCAAGAGGACAGCGGGGAUGUUCGCAAUACCCCGAAGCGAUCCUGCCAAUUCAAUCGAACCAUGCUGGGCCAGUGCUCGGGGCUAGAGGACAAGACGUAUGGAUACAGUGAAGGGAAACCCUGCAUCCUCGUCAAGAUGAAUAAGAUUAUCGGGUUCCUACCUGGCGAAGGGAAGACACCGUACGUGUCCUGUGAAGGAAAGGCAAAAAAUGAAAAAAAUGAGUGGACCAAAGACGACGACAAAGUUCACGAGCUCCAGUAUUUCCCUCCCAACGGGACCUUGGACCUGAUGUACUUCCCGUAUUAUGGAAAGAAGGCACACCAGGUGAACUACACACAACCCUUGGUGGCUGUGAAGUUUGUGAACAUAACAAACAACGUUGACGUCAACAUUGAAUGCAAAGUCUACGGGUCGAACGUGAAGAAUGACGAUGAGCGAGACAAGUUCGCCGGCAGGGUAGUCUUCACACUUAACGUGGGCUCAGGUGGAACAGGAUCCGCUUAAACCUUUCUGCAUUGGACAUGUCUUACUGGGCAGGUGGGGAUACACCUGGGUGCGUGUGCAGGCUUCGGGGGAGGGGGGACAUCGGGAUUAGGGAAAUGAGAUCUGGCAUGAGGGAGGGAGAAGAGUGCAGCGCCUGGAUGUGCUCGACUGCCUUCUGGAGCACAGAGAGGUUGGAACUCCAUCGGAUAGGAUAUUCUUCCUACAAUCCAGCUUCAGAUUGGACACUGAAUGGAACUGGCACAGCACCAAGAAGAUCAUGUCCCAUGUAAAGAGUCAAGAACCCCCAUCUGCAGGAAUGCUCAAUCAAUGCUAUUACAUUUUUCUGACCCUUAAGAGUGCUGGCCCCUCUUGCACCCUGAUCCAGACGUGUGCUUUCAUCAUGUAAAUAAAAUAUGCAAAGUCUCCUAUCGUGCAUGCCUCUCCAGCCUUGCCAGGCUACCCCUAUCUUUGUAAGUUUGGCUGUGCAACCUCAGAGUCAACAUUAAUACUUUGUGUCCUUCAAAAGUGUGAUUCAUCAUUCAUGGGAUUUGCAAUAUCCCACCUCUGCCCAGCCUUCUGCCUCCCACCCUGCUCUCCGUGAGGAUUUGCUCCAGUUUGGUUUCAUUUCAGGUGUGUGUAUGUGUAUGCGCUGUGUGGAAAGGAACCAGGAAUAAGGCCCCAGUA